GUUUGUAUCUGAAGAAACGGUUGUUCACCCUCAGUAUGAAUGAAAGUGGUUCCAUCAAAGACCAUCUUGAUGAGUUCAACAAGCUCGUUUUAGACUUGAAGAAUAUCGAUGUGAAGAUCGAAGAUGAAGACCAAGCAAUUAUUGUUUUGUGCUCAUUGCUUGACUCUUAUGACAACUUUGUUGAAACUCAUCUUCAUAGUAGAAAUCAACUCUUUAUGGAAGAUGUCAUGGCAGCCCUAAAUUCAAGAGAAUUGAAGAAGAAGGUGUCCGGAGACAAGAGUGUUCAUCAAGCAACAGGAUUGGUCAUAAGAGAUUCGGGUUGCUCAUUCCAUGUAUGCCCACAACGUGACUGGUUUAAAAUAUAUAAACCAGCCACUGGCAUGGUGGUUCUUGGUGAUGAUACAACAUUGCCUAUUAUUGGAAUUGGCAACAUCCAGAUCAAGAUGUACAAUGGGAUGGUUAGAACAUUCGACGUUCAUCAUGUGCCAGGUUUGAAGGAAAAUCUCAUUUCCAUGAGUGAGCUUGACUCCAAGGGCUGCCGAUACUCCUGUGAAGGUGGAGUUCUUAAAGUCUCUAAAAGAGCUCUUGUAAUAUUGAAGGGGAAGAAAGUUGGUGGUCUUUAUCACUUACAAGGAAGCACAGUCAAUGGCACGUGUGCUGUGUCAGCUUCAAGCAGUCCAGAUAGAGAUGUAACUCGAUUAUGGCAUAUGCGACUUGGGUUGCAGUUUGGCAAAGGAGUUCAUCGAACUCAAGGCACAGUUGAUUACAUUCACUCAGACUUGUGGGGUCCCUCGCCUGUUGCAUCAAAAGGUGGAGUUGUGUAUAUGUUGACCUUCAUCGAUGAUUAUUCAAGAAAGACUGGAAAACAAAUCAAGCGUCUAAGAACAGAUAAUGGUCUUGAGUACUACAGUGGUGAGUUUGAUACUUUUUGCAAGAAUAAUGGAAUUGUGAGACAUUGCACUGUCAAGAUGACACCACAGCAAAAUGGUGUUGCAGAAAGGAUGAAUCGUACACUCUUGGAAAGGGCACAGUGUAUGCUUUCAAAUGCUGGAUUAUCAAAGGACUUUUGGGCAGAAGCUGUCAAUCAUGCUAGCUAUCUUGUAAAUCGGUCUCCAUCCACAACAAUUGGAUUAAAGACUGCAGAAGAAUUAUGGUUAGAUGUGGUGCAAGAUCUAGAGCUAACAGAUACUCCAAUGGAGGUGGAGGCACCUGAACAAACACAACAGCAGUAUAAUAUUGCUACUAGUAGACAGAGGAGGGAGACCAAACCACCUCAGAGAUAUGGCUAUAUAGAUUAUGUUGCCUAUGCUCUAUCAAUUACAGAACCAGUGGAGGCUAAGGAUCCCAACACUUAUCAGGAAGCAAUUACCAGUAAAGAAUCUCCUUAUUGGCUUGCUGCCAUGAUAGAGGAGAUUGAGUCUCUACAUAAGAACCAAACAUGGAAGCUUGUGAAGCCACCAAAGGGACAAAGAAUUGUUGGAUGCAAAUGGGUCUUCAUGAGAAAAGAAGGAAUCCCAGGGAGUAGAUUCACUCAGAGCAACUAUGAUAAUUGUGUCUAUCAUAAAAAGCUUGGAGAUGGUUCUUGGGUUUACUUGCUAUUGUAUGUUGAUGACAUGCUUAUUACUGCCAAAAGCAUGUUAAUCAUUGAUGAUUUGAAGAAGCAGCUUAGUGGUGAGUUUGAGAUGAAAGACUUGGGUGCAACUAAAAAGAUCUUAGGAAUGGAGAUUCACAGGGACUGCAAGGGAGGUAAAUUGUUUCUCUCUCAAAAGAAGUACAUUGAAAAGGUACUUGAGUGGUUUGGCUUACAUGAAGCUAAGGCUGUGACUACUCCUUUGGGAGCACAUUUUAAGCUUUCAUCAAAUUUGUCACCAGAAACAGAGGAGGAGAAGAAGUUUAUGGCACAUGUUCCUUAUGCGAGUGCUAUUGGGAGCUUAAUGUAUGCUAUGGUAUGUACUCGUCCUGAUAUUUCACAUGCAGUUAGUGUGGUUAGUCGGUAUAUGGCUAAUCUGGGUAAAGAACAUUGGGAAACUAUGAAGUGGAUCCUCCGGUAUUUACGAGGUACAAUAGAUGUUGGACUAGUCUAUGAUCGGAGUGCUAAUCCAAAUGGAAAUGUAGUCAGAUUUGUCGACUCUGAUUUUGCCAGUGAUUUGGAAAAAAGGAGAUCAACUACAAGAUAUGUCUUUACUCUCUCAGGGUGUGCCAUUAGUUGGAAAGCUACAUUGCAAUCAACAAUCGCCUUGUCAAGAACUGAGGCAAAUAAAAGUGCCAUUCACUUGAUGAAGAACACCAUGUACCACGAGAGAACCAAACAUAUUCAAGUUAGGCAUCAUUCUGUCAGGGAGGUUAUAUCCAAUGGAGAUGUGCUCGUUGAAAAGAUAUCAACUGAUGAGAAUCCUGCGGAUAUGAUGACAAAGCCGGUAAGUGGAAUCAAGUUCAAGCAUUGCUUGGACUUGAUUAGUGUCCAAAUUGCUUAAUGCCCCUCGGGGCAUUAUGGCACCAAGGGAAUAAAGCUAUUGGUUCUAA